UUUCAAUAGUUCCAUUAUGCAACGUCACGCAGCUGCAUAAGUCCAUUAGAAUAUACUCAUUCUCCAGAAAAACGAUUGCAUUUAAACAUUUGUGAUAGCAGACACCCAACAUAAACCAAAACCAAAGAAAACACGCACGAUGCUCAAAACCUGUCGCCGUGUCUGCACCUUACCCCGCUUCUCUGGCAUUCGCACUUUAAACGCUGCGAUCACCCAACGGCAUCAGCAUAAAGCAGCGAACGCAACCAAGGACACCAUGGAUAAGUUUGAUUUGCCAAAACGCUUGCAGGGCAGUACGCCCAGCGUGUGGAACGAAUAUAUUGCCCUAGCCAUGCAGUAUAAGCCAUUAAAUCUUGGCCAAGGUUUCCCGGAUGAUGCUGCACCUGACUACGUCACCAAUGCCCUCGCUGAUAUUGCCAAGGAUCCAAAUCCACUACUGCAUCAGUACACCAGAGGCAAUGGCCAUGUGCGUUUGGUGCAGGCUCUGGCGAAGCUUUACAGCGGGCUCAUUGGACGCGAACUUAACCCGUUGAACGAUAUACUGAUAACAGCGGGUGCCUACGAAGCAUUGUAUUCUACAAUUAUGGGACACGUUGAUAACGGUGACGAGGUCAUCAUUAUUGAACCCUUCUUCGACUGCUACGAACCUAUGGUCAAAAUGGCCAACGGAGUGCCGCGUUUCAUUCCCUUGAAAUUGCGCGAGAAAGAAGGUCCCAUCAGCUCUGCCGAUUGGGUCCUGGAUGAAGACGAGCUUGCAAAACUAUUCAAUGAGAAAACGAAAAUGAUCAUACUGAACACGCCACACAAUCCAACUGGAAAGGUCUUUCAUCGCAAGGAGCUGGAGGUCAUUGCUGACUUGUGUCGCAAGUGGAAUGUGCUCUGCGUCUCGGAUGAAGUCUAUGAGUGGCUCGUCUUCGAUGGAGUGGAACAUGUACGUAUCAACACCUUGCCUGGCAUGUGGGAGCGCACCAUUACCAUAGGCUCGGCUGGCAAAACCUUCUCGGUGACGGGCUGGAAAACCGGCUGGGCUUAUGGACCGCACGAGUUGAUAAGAAACUUGCAAAUGGUUCAUCAGAAUUCGGUUUACACCUGCCCAACGCCACUGCAAGAAGGCGUUGCACGCAGUUUUGAGUUGGAACUUGAACGUCUGGACAAACCAGAAUGCUAUUUUCAUAGCUUGCCGCGCGAAUUGCAACCUAAGAGAGAUUUUAUGGCCAAAUUCCUAAACGAGGCUGGACUACGUCCCACAAUACCCGAGGGAGGCUAUUUCAUGCUGGCGGAUUGGACACCCCUUGCAAGCAAGCUGAACCUGGAUUCGGAGACCGACAAGUACAAGGACUACAAGUUCACCAAGUGGAUGACCAAAAACAUGGGUCUGCAGGGCAUUCCGCCCAGUGCCUUUUAUAGUGAACCCAAUAAGCAUUUAGGCGAGGACUUUGUGCGCUAUUGCUUUAUCAAGAAGCAAGAGAAUCUUAAUAAGGCAGCUGAGCUGCUCAAGAGCUGGAAAUAAUGUGUAGUUUAAAACUGCUCAAACUCCAUUUGUACAUUAUCAAUAAACGAAUUUGUUUUGAAUUUAA